AGCCAACAAAUCAUCAGCCUUUCUGCGUGAAUUAAAGCGAAAUGCGUUAAAUGUGAUAAGGUGGAAGGUGUUCCUCCUGCCUCCGUUGGACCCUUGCUGGCGCUGCCGAGCGAUCUACAAAUGCGGAGAAGUGACGAUUGGAUGCAUCAACACACUCACGCCAUUGAUCCUCUUGAUCAUUGAUGGCUACUUCCUUGUUUCAUGUUCAUGAUAGGGACAAACGGAGAAAGAAGGUGUUUUCUUGAAAUCUUUUCAUCUUGAUCCAUCCACUUUCUCCUGCUCUCUCUCUCUCUCACUUUCUCGUCUCGCAUUGCUUGCUUUGCUGCAGACAAUCAACCAGAUUAAAGCACGCUGCAAUCAGAGCUGCCUGGUCUUAUCAGCCUUCAAAUUUACAAGAAAAACCCAACAACUACAGCGAAGAUGGUGUCGCUCAACAGACGCCAGGUGUCGGUCAUUCUGAGUGUUCUUUAUCUUGGAGCCUUGACAGCAAUGGCAGCUUAUGCUGUACAUCAAACCUCGACGCUGUCUCUACCUAUUCCGUCAACGCUCACGACUCUCACAUUGGCACUAGCACCCUUCGCAGGACUCUGCAUUGAAACGAGCACCGCACUUGCAUCCUCACUAGCUCAGCACCCGAAGUUGCGACACCGUCACGCACGCAAUUUCCCUGCCGUUCUGCUGCCUUCAACCCUGACCAUUCUCGGAUUGCUGGUUUACAUCACCGUCGUGGCAACACUCAGCGGCACCCACAUCUCGCCUGUAGGUGGCCUUGGAUGUGCCUUGAGGGAGAAAUGGCAGACCAUGUUCCAACACAAAAGCGGCAGCAAAAUUCGUACAAUUCAGGAGGCACUAAAGUGUUGCGGCUUCAGAAACGUGCGAGACAUGCCAUUCCCGUUCCCUGGCCAUGGAAUCGCUGUCGAUACGUGCGAGAUGCAAUACGGAUAUCAUGUUGGCUGUGAGGGAGCUUGGAGAGACAAGGAGAGAACUGUGGCUGGUCUUAUGAUUGGAGUUGCUGUGGGCGUCUUUGUCUGGGUGGCCAUAAUUAUUGUGACUCCUGCCUUGCACCCGACGUGGGCACAGCAAAGCAUGCGUCACCCUCAACGUAUGCUUCAGGACGAGUCCGACGCAGCAAACAGGGUUAUCGAGUACCCCUCCCAGCGCUACACUGAUGAUCCCGAAGGAGGUGAUGAAGACGCACGUCGCGAGAUUGAUGGUUUGAACAAUGAAUCCAGACUUGCAUUGGAGGUGGAAAGCUCAAGAGACCAUCCUAGCAAACUGCUAUCCGAUCAGGGUGUGUGGCGAGGUGAGGAUGGCAGGACCUGAUGACGUGUGUUAUGAUGAGAGCUUUGCGUCGUUGGGGGUUUGAGAACGAGGUUGCGGCUGGAGCUAUGCUUGCACUCGACAUGAGAUGAGAAACAAUUACAGUAUCGACAAAAACCAGAAACGCAACGACGAGACCCGGACUCGUGGAACGAUCUACAUACCUUCUCACGUUCCAUCUAAUCUUGAUCCGAUAUGUUUUUAGCACGGGUG